GUUGUCAGAAAUUGGGAGAGAUCCGGAUUGGUCUCCAUAUGCAUUGCAAAAAUGGCUCGGGCUCAUGGCCCUUGGCGAGGAAACCCCGAUUUCACUCCAAUCCUCUCCCUUGUUCGAAUACUUCUAUUGCGUGGAGGAGCGGGUGUUUUGACCCGCAGUGAAGAUGCAGGAACACGAUAACACGAUACUGUUAUCUUUGUUCGUCGAGCCUUGAAGUUUUAUAACUUCUCUGGUCCUUCUAAGUAUCCGAAUCAUCUGGUACUGGAACGGCCACAGAAGCAAGCAACAUGGACUCAAUCAAAGGUUUACCAGAGGACAUUAAAGGCACCUCAUUCCAAUCUUCGCAAGACAAAGUGGACACUGAGAAUGGAGUUAUCACAUCACUCCAACCAGAAAAGGAGAUUGAUAUAGCUGCUGCUAUUCUAGCAAAUGCUCAAGAUAGAAGUCCCGUUACCGAAGAGGAGAUGACAAAGUUGAGACGCAAGAUUGAUUGGCGUCUAGUACCGAUGUUAUUCGUGUGUCUUCAACUCUCCGGUUGGGACAAAGUCCUGGUUGGGACCGCUGCCAUCUAUGGCAUGGAAACAGAUCUUGGUCUAACAGGAAGUCAAUAUAGUUGGGUGGGGUCAAUCAUGUAUUUUGCAUUUUUGGGAGCCAUCUUUCCCACUCUCUGGGCUCUCCAACGAUUGCCGACUGGAAAGUACCUAGCAGCUAAUAUUUUCUGCUGGGGAGUGGUUGAGAUGUGCCAUGCAGCCACAAAGAAUCCCGCUGGUAUUCUUGUUUGUCGGUUUCUGUUGGGAGUUUUUCAAUGCUGUGGUCUUCCAGCCAUGGUCAUCCUGUCAACAAUGUGGUGGAAGAAGUCAGAACAGCCUCUUCGAAUUGCGAUCAUCUGUUCCGUGACUUCGUCAGUUGGAAAUGGUCUCAUCUCUUACGGCUUCUCUUUCGUGACGCAUUCGCACAUUGCCAAAUGGAAGUUGAUUUUCUUAGCGCCCGGAGGAUUUACCGUCAUCUGGGGAGCCUUGAUAUUCUUCUUCCUGCCGAAUUCUCCAGCCGACUGCAAGUGGCUGUCAGAUCGCGAGAAGUUUGUGGCUGUUGAGCGAAUAAGAGACGAGAAGCUAGGCGUAGACUCUUUAACAUGGAAAUGGCAUCAAGCUAGAGAGGCUGUGCUUGAGAAAAAGAAUUGGAUUCUUUGGCUUUUCUUCAUUGCAGUCAACAUUCCAAAUGGUGGCUUGAUUUCGUUUUCGACAAUCAUCAUCAAGUCUCUCGGCUUCACGUCAAGAAAUUCUUCUUUGAUGACAAUUCCAACAGGACUAGUCUCCACGUUCUCGGCUUGGGGCUUUAGCUGGCUGGCAGGACGCACCAAGAAAUAUCGCACUCUGGUACUCGUUGCGAGUUUGGUCAUUCCACUGAUUGGAGCUGUUGUAGUAUAUGCAACAGAACGAAGUAACACCGCCGCACAACUGAUCGGCCUUUACAUGCUUUACGUCUAUUGGGCCCCUUAUAUCGUUGGACUUUCUAUGUUUCAAGCGAACACGGCUGGUAGAAGUAAGAAAACAACCGUCAACGCAAUGGAUUACUUUGCCUAUGCAGUCGGUAAUAUCAUUGGUCCUCAAACAUUCAAAGCAGAUCAGGCUCCCAAAUAUACUGGUGCUAUAAUUGCAAUGACAACUUGUUAUGCUCUGUGCAUGUUGCUGGGAUUGUUCUACGGGUACACUUGCUAUCUAGAAAACAAGAAGCGAGAUGAGGAGUUGCGUGUUUCUGGGAAUGAAUCAGGCGCUGAUCAUGACAUGGACUUUAUGGAUUUGACAGAUAAGGAGAAUAGGAGCUUUCGAUACACCAGAUAAGAUUAGUUAGAUGUUUAAUAUUUGAGAGGGAAGCAAUAGCAAGCCAAGAUGAAGUGGCUUUCAUUUCAAUGUAUCGGUC